GGGCUCUGCGUUGGGAUAGCCACCAGGUGGAGGAUGGAGCAGAGAUCUCGGAGCCACUGAACUGCUGCCAGGAAUCCUAGGCAACUUUUAAAAAAAAACACGAUUUCCUAGAGGGGAGGAAGACAGGCCGAGCGUCGCCAGAUGAAGAGAAGUCUCCUUCCCUAGAAGGAGAGGCCUGUGCGGAGAAUGCGGGCAGACAUCGAGUCUGACACUCAGCCACUGAGCUUCUGCACUCGGCUCGGGAUAGAGGAGCGACGCUACCAGCAAACGAAGCUACUGCCUAAAGUCGAUUGAACAAGACUCCAGUGUUUUCCAGUGGGGUAAAUGUCCCGUGCGCCAGUGAAGCUAAAUAGGGCGUAGCGUCUACAGGGAUCAUUAUUCGAGAGAGAGAGAGAGCGAGAGUUAAAAAAAACACACAACGUUUGUCUUCUUCAUCUCCCCCCACCCCCCCAUCCUUCCACUUUUCCAGGCUGACCCCCCCCACCCCCACCCCCUCCCCCCACCCCAGCACCUUUCUCUCCGCAUUUCACACAGAGUUCGACUUCAGUAGGAGAUGGCGAGCGAGAGCCCACAGCAACAUCUGGAACCUCCAGCGCGCAUCCGGUCGAGCCCGGUUCCCGGAGUGCUCAAGUCGGCCUUGAUCGGCCAGCACUCGCCGGCCAUGGAGCCCUCGAGCCUGGGCAAAGCCAAGAAGAGCAGCGGAGGCUUGAGGCGGCCGGAGAAGCCGCCUUAUUCCUACAUCGCCCUGAUCGUGAUGGCUAUUCAGAGUUCGCCGACCAAGCGGCUGACGCUGAGCGAGAUCUACCAGUUCCUGCAGACCCGCUUCCCCUUCUUCCGGGGCUCCUACCAGGGCUGGAAGAACUCGGUGCGGCACAACCUGUCCUUGAACGAGUGCUUCAUCAAACUGCCCAAGGGUCUGGGCAGACCCGGCAAGGGUCACUAUUGGACUAUAGACCCGGCCAGUGAAUUCAUGUUUGAGGAGGGGUCUUUUCGUCGGAGACCCCGAGGGUUCCGCAGGAAGUGCCAGACGCUCAAGCCCAUGUACAGAAUGAUGAAUGGCCUGGGCUUCGGCCCCUCGAUCAUCCCCCAACCCUUCGACUUCCAGGCGCCCGCCGCUUCCCUCGCCUGCCAUGCCAACAGCUAUAACCUGGAGAGCAGCCUCAGCAUGAUGAGUAACUCACUGUCAGGGAGCUACGAUGGACUCAGCAGCGGGCACCAUGUCCCCCAUAUGUCCCCCAACCCCGGCUCCACUUACAUGGCCAGCUGCCCCGUGUCUUCAGGCGGCGAGUACGGUGCCGACAGCAGCAGUAGCCCUGUCCCCUCUUCCCCUGUGGUGGCCAGUGCCCUGGAAUGCCAUUCUCCAUACUCGCCCUCAACUGCCCCUUGGUCAUCAUCCGCCACAUCGCCGUACAUUAAACAGCAAAGCCUGAGCCAUAUCAACUCUGUCCCCUCCAGCCUUCACUCUACUAUGUCAUCCUACUCGCUGGAACAAACAUACCUACACCAAAACACAAGGGACCCCGCGGAAAUUGCAGUGGGGCUACCUCGCUAUCAGACUCAUUCCUCGCCAGUGUGUGACAGAAAGGAUUUUGUGCUCAAUUUCAACGGGAUCUCAUCGUUUCACCCCUCGGCCGGCGGAUCAUAUUAUCACCAUCACCAUCAGGGCGUGUGUCAGGACAUCAAGCCUUGUGUCAUGUGAAAAUCUGCGCCCACCUUAAAUCAAGUCCCGUCUGUGCCUAUCUCUGAUCAUUUUUGGUUAUUCUGAUUCAUAUAAAUAAAACCAAGACAGAACUCGGCACCGUGGAGUUGGGAGACUGAGCCCGAGCAAUGUCUUUCGAGACGAAAAACAGGGGGGACAAUGGGAGAUACCUCACUACUUGCACAUCUGCAAAAGUCUGUUGCCGACUUUUGUUUUUAAAAAAAAGAAGCAAAUUGUCUCCUUUGUUGAGUUUUUUAAAUCAAAACAAGGAAGACGAACUGUCCCAUUGAGUCUGCCCUUUAGCUAUGAAGAAAAAGGUGGCGCGUGUGUCAGAUGUCUUGUUAUUUUAACAACAUUCAGUUCCUAUAUCAGUAUUAAAGAGCAGGAUGUGUAGUAUGAACAUUAGCGUACUGUAUUUAUGUAUAAAUUUUGAAAUCCAAAGGUCAGACUUGAUACCAUGUCAGUAUUAGACACUGAUUCGAAAUAUUUUUUCCGAGGAUAAUACGGAUUUUUACCAUAAACUAUAAUAAGACACAUGUAUGUAUAC